AUGAAACAAAAAUUAGAGAAUAAGGGAAAAAACAGUUCUAGUGAAUCUCAAAAUACACAACAAAGUAGUAAUCAUCUAAAUAAAGAUUCGUCAAUAUCCACAAAUUGCUACUCAAACUUUCCCCAUUGCAGAAAACUGAGUAACGAGAUGGUUGCUCUUAGAGAGAAGGUUCAGGAUGAGUUGGUGGAUAUUGAGAGAAAAAUAUAUGAACUUGAGACAUUUUACUGGAACCAAACCACCGAUAUUGGAAAUAUGUUAAAAGGUUGGGAUGGCUAUGCGACAUAUAAUAACAAUACAGGAAGUAUUGGAGGAAGAAAAUCUAGCAUAGGGGGUAACCGAAGCUCUUGUAGGUCUACACCAAAUGUAUUUUCUGAAAAAGAUCGUUGGUUUUCUUUAUCUUCGGUCACUUCUCCUGUAGAUAUAGAGGCUUUGGGCACUACUCCAAAUACAGGAGCAUUUUCAGGAGAAAUGUUUUCUGCAGCCGGCUCAAAUGUAGGUUCAAGUAUUUCCCAUCAUUCUGAAUCACAAUGCUUAGGAAGUGAGGCAGACAAUUCUGUUAACGGCUCGCGUAAACAGCGCCGAUAA